AUCUCUGGUAAUGGAACAAGAGAAGAAAGUGAGUGGAGAGUGGAGAAAAUCAUUGUCAGAAGAUACUGACGCUUGCUCUGUCUCACUCUCUCUCUCCUGGGUCUCCAACAAUUACGAGGAUUUACUCGGCUUCCCGUGAUUACUGUGCGCUGCAGGAAACCAUCAACUCCAGUGUCUGGGAGAGCUGUUAUUUGGUGGAUGGUUUACUGCUAACAGUGGCUGCUUGUAUACCUUCUGGCUGAGUGGUGAACAUGCGGCCUGCCUUCUUUGUUUGACAGCACAUCGUAAACUCGCUUCACAAGGAUCGGUAUGCAGCCAGCGACGGGAGGAUAUACAGCAACUACUACAGCCUCAUCAUGAUCUGUUAACUGUGGUACAUGGCUGCUAGCAGUGAUGGCGAAAUCUCUGGACUCCACCUCAAUGAGGCUGUGGCUGAUGUUGCUGACACUUCUCUCACAACCCAUCACAACAACAUCAUCAUCAGUAUCAACCUCUCACAAUCCAGACUACACGAUGGCACCAUUGACAACUACCACCACACCUGACCCAAACACCAAGACAACGUUUCCUUACACGGACAACCUCAGACCAAAUAUCUCAACGAUCAUCGACCAUUCCUCUGACCGUGACCUUUACAUCCUGCUCAUCCAGGUCAUGAAGAAGUUGGACAUUCUGCCUUCAAAUUCGGCGUGCAUCAAACUUGAGAAAAUCUCUACCGAUGUGAUAACCGUGAACAAGCGCACGCACUCGCAGACUGUCGGAGUGCAUCUCUACUUCCACACUCGUAAGAAAGAGGAUUUCAGGUCAGCAGAGUCACGCGAUUGUUCGUCCGUUCCUGUUGUCAAUGUGGACGGACACUCCUUGACACGGGAUAAAUUAGCGCUGAAGGAUUCAACCAGUGGGGCUGGGUAUGAGACGGUUACCACGGCGAUGGUGAAUUCAGGGUCGGACAUGACAAGUCAGGCAAAUAACGGGUCGGCGGGAGUUUUAGUCGGAACUAAAACUGUCGCUGUGCACAAUAACAGACAGACAGACGAUGAUAGAGGGAUCAGCCGCACACAGCUGGUGGUUAUCUCGACAUGCUCGGCGAUCAUCGGAACGUUCUUCAUAGUGGCCGGCAUCCUCCGACUGCGGUAUUACUACAAGCGCUACGAGGAGGAGCGGAUCCUCGCCCAGCGGCCGACGUUUCGUAGCUGCAGCAUCGCGCUGCGCAACCCGACCGCGUCGACAGAACAGAUCCGGCGAGACUCCAUGCUGAGUAAAUCAAGCUCCUACCAGAGUAACUGCACCCAGCACAAGUGGAGCAACCAGAGUCAGAACGGCGUGUUUUCCCGCGACCAGUCCGGAAACGACUCUCCCAAGAUGUCUGCCGACAAGAUGCCACUGCUUGUCGUGACGUCAGCAUCAGACCCAUCCACGCCGGUGUCGAGUGUGUCGCAGCAGUCGUUCCAGUUCAUUGACGAGGAACCCAGCAGGAGAAAGAAUUCACCAUUCGCAGCCAGCCAGGAUGACAUAGAAGCAGAACCUCUUCUCACACAAGAAUUUGAUGGAAGGGAGAUAACUCCAGUUUCCAGGCCUCCUGUUGGAAGAGAACAGGAGUGUGACAGACUUGAAGACAUUGGAAAGUGUAACAUUUUGUUUGACCAUGACCAACUGAAUAAUAUGUACGAUAAAACGACAAACGACAGAAAUUGUGCGGAAGUUUUAAUAUCACCAGAUGUUGGAACACACAUAGACAGCUGUCCAUUAGAUUCUUACCCACAGUUCUCUGGUGGAAGUAAUUCUGGGGAGAUAUUAACCCAGGCAGAAUUAUCAUCCUUAUCACCUCAUCACAAUGGUAACAAAGACUCACCGACCUGUUUCGGCUUGACGCAGUCGGACUCAAGUCUGUGUGCGGCGAACCCUUUCCGACACAGCAGCCAGGUGGAAUACUGCCCCCCUCCUCUCACUCCCGGUCUGGAGCUCGCAACCAUUUCCAUCAACCACAGCAACUCACCCAAGCCUCUCUUACGAAGCGUGUCGCUCCCGGCGAGAUCGGUUGCGGACCAAAGCGACCACAAUCGCUUCCAGAACACGUCACUGCGAACGACCGGUCCCAGUUACUCGCUAGUUGAGCGUCCCAUCACGACGGUGCCACGAGGAGUCAGUCCAGUGAUUAGUGAGUCAAGCAUUGAAGAGUCACAGCUUGAGAAUGCACCAGUUGGUAGUCAGUCUAGUUUUGACACGACAGGUCCUAGCAAUGCACCAAUUGGUAGUCAGUCUAGUUUUGACGCAACAGGUCCUAGCAGUGUGCCAGUUGUCAGACAGUCUAGUUUGAACGCGAUGGGUCUUGGGAAUAUGCCAGUUGUUAGUCAGUCUAGAUUAAACUCAACAGGCCCUACCAAUGCACCAGUUGUCAGACAGUCUAACUUAGAUACAUCCAGUGUGGAAGAAGUUGAAAAGAUGGACAAACCUCCACAAAUAUGUGAAGGAAGAGCUUCGGUUCAUAACCAGUCGAGUAUGGAUUCAUCAGGUCCGGGGAAAGUUCCAGUUACUCAUCAGUCCAAUAUGGAUUUGGGUAAAAUUGGAGUUACUGGACAGUCAAGUACCGAGUUAUUGGGGUCAGGUAAAGUCGCAGUUACUGGUCAGUCCACUAUGGAUUCAUCGGGGUCAGAUAAAGUCACAGCUGGUCAAUCAAAUAUGGAUUCAUCGGGUUUGGGUAAUAUCACAGUUACUGGUCAAUCAAAUAUGGAUUCAUCGGGGUCAGGUAAAGAUGCAGCUACGGGUCAGUCAAGUAUCGAGUUGUCGGGGUCAGGUAAAGUCGCAGUUACUGGUCAGUCGAGCUUAGAUUCUUCCUCUAUGAAUGAAGCGAGGAAGAAGAAUAAAGGUCCACUGACACGUGAAGCAAGUGCUCCAGCUGUUAGCAGGUCUUCCUGCAUGGACGAGGGGUGGGAAACCGAUGAAUCUCCUCCACCACCUGCUCAUAAUGUCAUACCUGUCAGACAAUCCAGCACGGGUACCACAUCCUGCAUGGACGAGGGAUGGGAAACCGAUGAAUCUCCUCCACCACCUGCUCAUAAUGUCAUACCUGUCAGACAAUCCAGCACGGGUACCACAUCAUCAGUGGCUACUGUGGGGGCAGAUAACUCUGGGAACAAAAUGAAAGUGAAAGUAGGAUUGGUGGGGAAGAUAGUGAGAUUGGAGAUAAUGAAACAGUGCUGGGAAUUGUUGAUAAAGAAAAGGCUGUGGGACAGAAGUUGAGUGGAAAUGCAAAGGGAGAUAACUUGUCACUGCUUGUGCAGCUAGAGGGAGAUAACUCUGUCAAAGAGGAAUGUGAAAGAAGAAAUGAUGACUCAGAUGGGGAUAAACUAACAGAAAAUAUGUUCAGUAAAGAUGACAACUCAACAGCAAAAGCUGCGUUUAAUAAGAAUAUGUUAGAAACUCUAAUUUCUUCUCAACAGCGAGCAACUUUACUAUGAAUCUCAAAAUCUGUUGUGUCACUUGCAAUAUUUUAUUUGUCUUGAAGUUUUCCCCUUGUGAUUUUCCCCUUGUGUGUGUCUCGUUUAUUUCUGGUUGAUACUGUUUUUGUUUUCAUUGCCAUUCCUACAUUAAAUAUCUGACUACAGAUCUUUGAAGAGCUCCAUCUUAGUGCUACAAUAUUGUAAAAUCAUCAUAGGCUACGAAGGAAGAAGAAGGAAAUGUUUUAUUUCAAUGACGCACUCAACACAUUUUAUUUACAGUUAUAUGGCAUCGGGACAUAUGGUUAAGAACCACACAGAUAUUGAGGGCGGAAACCUGCUAUCGCCAC